UAUUAUUUUAUCAUAGUCAUACAGAAUGUGUCCGAAUGUCCGAUGGGUAUACGUAGAGUCGUAGAGGGCCUAAAUAUUAUUAUAUAUGUUCUCUAGUCGCUGGGCACGCGUUCGGAAUGUUCGGAUACAAGUACCUAUACGACAAGUACCUAUACGACACGAGAGCUUAUCACUAGGAUAAUAUGGAAUUCAUAGUGUCAGGACGACGUGUCGACACUUUUAGGACCAAAGACGUAACGUCCAAACGGCAAUCACUCAGAACUCGGAAGUUAUCUAAUUACAGCUGCUAGGUUUACAAAGAAAUCUCGAAAAAUAGUUUCUCAUCAUGUUGGCAGACGAAGUGGAAUCCGAAAUACAUUUCAUGAAAACUUAUAGAAUAUUGAAAUGGGACGAACUAAUAAAAUUAAAUGAUGAUCGUAAAUCGCUUAACCAGAAAAUUACACUUGGGUUAGCCACCAAAGAGGAAUUGAUGAAACAAAUAAAAGUUGAACUAAAUAUGCUGGAUACGUGUCAACUUAAAAUUGAUCAAGAAAUGAAAGAAAACGACACCGAGUAUAUUAAUACUGAAAUACUUACAAUCUUAUCAAAUCGUAUCAAUGAUAUGUAUAACAGUAUGUUUCUACUGUUUCCCGUUGAAAAGACUUCAUUAUCAGAAUAUAUUGAGUUUUGCUCAAAUAAUACAUUGUUUAUUACUAAAUGUAGCAACAUGUUGGAUACACUUAUGUCGAGAUAUCAUAGUGAUCCUGAAGUGUACAUAACUGCAGCAACAUAUGAAUUUGAUGAUCGAAAUGAUGUAGAAUCAGCUAGAAAAUUUUUUGCAGAAGGAUUAAAAUAUCACAAAAAUUGUAAAAAUCUCUACAUAGAAGAGUUCUGGGUAGAAGUACAACAUUUAGAAAAGACUUCAGGUGCCUCACUUCCAAUUGCCAUUGAAAAAUAUAGGAACCUCAUAAAAUUUUUUGAAGGUGAUAUAGAAUUUCAUUUUAUAUUACUGGACAGAGCAAUAAAAUUAAGUGCAGUUAGAGAAUUGCAAUGUAAUGUUGUCAGAAAUAUGGUUAAGAAGUAUAGGCAUAGUGAACUAAUGUGGCAAAAAUUAGCAAAAAUUCAUUUUGAUGGAUUUAUCUAUCACCAGGAGACUGAGCAAUUACACUAUGAUAAAAAUUAUAUUAGUGGUAUUAGAAACUGUAUUAAAACCUAUGAAAACGGAUUGAAAGAAAAUUUACCACUAAAAAAUAAACAUAAGUUAUGGAACUUUUAUAUUGAUCAUAUUAUAGAAAUUCGGAAAUCUUAUCGCAUGAAAAAAGAAACAAUAAGAAAUUUUAUGAAUGAUACAAUGGAGCGAGCCUUUCAAGAAGUUCAUGAUAACAAGGCAUUACUUAAAGCUGAACAUUAUAUUUGUUGGGCUGAAAACACAAAUACAAACUGCCAUAGGAUUCUGAGAAAAGCAGUUGAGGUGAUAGAAGAUGGUGUAGAACUCUGGAUUACUUUGAUAUCAUAUUAUUUAAACUACGACAGUCUGGAAAUGGGAAUUGAAGCCUUUCAAGCUGGUGUUCGGGCUUUGAAGAGCAAAUCGAUGCCUUUAUGGGAAAUUCUAAUUUUAUAUAUGAAAAACACUCAUCUUAAAUUGAAUAAAAAAAAAAAUGGACCCAUCAUUAAUAUUGGAAAAAAUCAACGCUAUCUUGACACAACACAAGGAAAAUGAUGAAGGGAUGAGAAUGGUCAAUUUCAGAAAAAAUCUGAAAAAUAUUAACAUUAAAAUAGCGAAAGUUAACUCAAAAACAACUAAAGAAAAAUUAAUAGAAGAUAAACAAAAAAUAUUAAAUAAUUAUAAAACUUGUGAAAAAAGUAUACAAAGAGGACUCAGUGAUUUAUAUGAACAAUUAGAUAAUAUAUAACAUAUA